CUAAGUAAUGCUUACUCCGUAUAUAUUUAUCUAUUGAGAUCAGGACAUCAGGUAGCUAUUUGAUCGACCCUUUCCCAUGGCGGUCUCUUUGUUUAUUAACCAUUUUCUCAUUUUCUUCUUCCUCUUCUUCAUCCUUGACAAUAGUCAUGCUUUGAGGAGUAGCUUUUUCUUCAACAACAAUGUGGUGUGGUCAAGUAACGCAAAAAACUCGCCGCCACUGCCACAAGCAAUUGGAGUAAUGAAUGGGCAUGAGAAGGACGACGAUGUCGUCUGGGUAAGUAAAUUUUAUUACCAGCGGAAGCAGCUGCUGGAGGAGAAAUUGCCGGAAAGCAUUGACAGGGGACGCUCACCCUCACCCCCACCACCACCCAAGCCAUCACCUGGCAGCCACGAGCCGAGACGCCCGGCGGCGGCUCCGAUGGCCGAUAAGAUAUCUGAAGAUGAGGGUAAAACUCUUCAGGCGGAGGAGCUGACUACCAAUCCAUAAGUAUUGGAGUACCGUACAUAGCUUCGAUCGAUCACUCAAUUAAUGAGGAGAAGAUCGAAUUGUGUUUAAUUCGUUUUGUUCGUGAAAUAUUCUACUUAAACAUGUUUUAUUUGGACAGUAAUUUUCAGGAAUCAUCUCGUUUGAUAUAUUUUAAUCUCAUUUAUUUGAUCUGAUUUGAUCUGUACAAGUUGGAUCUAACUCAAAAAUAUACAGGUUGACCUUUUAGGAGUAUUU